GUAUUUCAGUGAUGUCAUCGUACCAUUUUCAAAGACGUAAACUCAUGCAACUGAAAUUGCAUUCAGUCCAUUCUCGAUAAUUCAGUGAAGAGGAUCAAAUAGCUCUAGACAACUAUGACAUCAAAGAAGUUUAUUACUUUGGAGGAAGAAUUUAAAAAAAAUCAAGAGCUCAAGGAAUCGGACCUUGAAUCUCUAAGAGAAUGGAGCAAAAAACAACCCCAUCUGCCAAAAAUUCCGGAUAUCGAUUUAGUCUUGGUUUUGCAUAGUAAUUAUUAUUCCAUCGAACCAACGAAAAGAACCAUUGACAAUUAUUAUACGAUGAGGACUCAUGUUCCUGAGUUUUUCACAAAUAGAGACGUUAAGAAGUCAAAGGAACUACAGAAGGCAUUGAACGUUUCCCUUUCCACACCUUUAAAAGGAGCAACAAAUGAAGGCUACAAAGUGAUAUAUUCCAGACUUUUGGACUUUGAACCAUCACAUUUUGUACAUGCAGAUGCAGUAAAAGUCUAUACAAUGGUAUUAGACAUGUGGCUUCAUACCGAGGGGACAGUCCCGGGUCACAUUAUUCUGAUCGACAUGUAUGGUGCAGUUAUGGGGCACGUGGGACGUUUGAAUCCUGCUAUUGCAAAAAAAUGUCUCUUUUACCUUCAGGAUGCACUUCCAGUUCGACUUAAACAAUUACAUGUUAUGAAUGCUUCACCAAUUAUCGAUAUUAUGUUGGCUAUGAUGAAGCCAUUUAUGAAGAAGGAACUUCUGGAUAUGCUACAUAUUCAUACUACAUUGGACACCUUAGAAAAGUUCAUUCCCUUGGAUAUUUUACCGAAUGAGUCUGGCGGAAAAUCAGGGCCACUAUUAGAAUAUUAUGACGAACGUAAGAAGAUAUUGAAGGAAUACCGUGAUUGGUUUGCCGAUGAUGAAGUUCACGGACGUGUACAAGAAGCUCUUCGUCCAGGAAAAUCGAAGAAUGCAGGUGAAAUCUUCGGUGUGGAAGGAAGUUUCAAAAAACUUGAUAUAGACUAAUAAAAUCGAUUUCAACUUCAUAAAUUUUAUUUUAAAGAGUUAUAAUUACUCUCAGUGCUUUCUACGUUGCAUGUGUGAUAUAGAGAAAAUAAAAAUAACUAAAAUCAAA